AUGUCAUCGAUGGAAAAGUUGAAUAGGAAGGGGUCUGGUACUCAUCAUUGUUUUACUUCAGUUACCACCUCAAAUGGUGUUGAACGUAUAGCUGAUAUUCGAACUGCAACAGUUAUUUGUUGGUUUCCUCGUAAUCAAUCGGCGAUAAGCGCGUUAAAGAGGCAGUCCCGACGAGAAAAGUCGAGAGCAGGUUCUGAAUCCAGGAAAGCUGCUUUGAUUGGCUUUGAAUACUUCGGCUUCGAUCACUGUCUUAACGAUGAACAGCUGAUCAAUGGUAGAUCUGUCCGAACAAAGAUCAGCAUGGUCGUUCCGCGUUGUUUCCUCACAAUGUUUGAUAAGCCGUGA